GUCAAGUGUCAAGCACACGUGUUAGGUUAUAAAUUAUUAUUUUCGAUAAAAUCCAAAUAAAGACAAAUAAAUAUUGUUGCCAAGUGUUACUGCAUUAUAAAAUGGGCACCGACGAAGCUAAACUAAAAGAUUUUAAGCUAAAACCGAUGAAGUGUGAGCUGAAUUUCCUCAGUAAAUCGGACGGUUCUGCUAUUUUGUCUCAAGGUAGUACAGUAGCGUUGACUAGCGUCAAUGGACCUCUGGAAGUUAAAAUGUCAAGUCAAAGUAUAGAGAAGACUACAUUGGAAGUUCUCUUUACUCCUAAAGGCGGGAAACCUUCUGUAAAAGACCGGUAUAAAGAGAAUGUGAUCCGUCAAACAUGUGAGGAGGCCAUCCUGAGCAGCCUGUACCCUCGCACCGGCAUCACCGUCACAGUGCAGGAGCUUGAGGACUACGGAGGGCUCCUAUCAACGUGCGUGAACUCCGUAUGCCUAGCCCUAAUAAACUCAGGCGUGGCGAUGCGGCACGUUUUCGCCGCGGUGCUGUGUUGUGUAGACGAGUGCGGAGACAUCCUCCUCGAACCUGAGGCCGACCAGCUAGAUGCUGCGAGAGCUGUGUUUAGCUUCGUCUUUGAUGAACGCGACAAGAGUCUUGUUACAGGCUUCACCGAGGGCAAUUUCAGUGAAGACACGUACAGAGAGGCCAUGGAGCGGUGCCGGUCUGCCAGCGACCUCGUGUUCGCAUUCUACAGGGAUAUUGUUAGCAAAUACUCGAAAAUUAUUGGAGGAUAGUUGUUAGGAGUGGAUGACGUGGUUGUAUAUACACUGUUAGAGUCCGUAUUGGCACCGUGUGAAGUACUUGGUGGGGGUAAGUAAAGCGAUCGCAGCGCAUAAGGUGGUAAAAAUUGACACUAAUGGGAAUUACCGUCUUUAACAUUUCAUAAAAGUUAUAUGGCUCGAAAUGGAACUUUAAUUUACGAUUACUCCUGAGAUAUUCAUUUAAAUUGUAUGGUGUAAGGUACCAUUGUAAUCUGUAUGAAAUGCUUAAUAUAACUAAAGUAUUUAAUUUGACAAUUAUUAAUACUAUUUCCGUGUAAAUAGCUUUGCAAAUACCACAUACUAUGAAAUAUUUUUGUAGAAGAUAAGAAUGGGUAUAGAAAGUUAUACUUAAAAGAUAGACAUACACCAUCGCGGACUUUUUUGUAGAGCAAUGAAAGGGAGAUCUUUCCACCAUACAUUCUGUUGUUAUAUCUUAAACGGAUUGGGCAGCGUUUUCGAUUAAAGCUCUUAGCCAGCGUAAUUUUUUUCUGACUUCAUUAGCAAAUAUCGUCAUAUUUCAACCAAUUUACACAAAACCUGAACAAAUUAUACGACUUAACCUUCCUCAAGAAUCACUCUAUUUAUAGGUGAAAGCCGCAUAAAAAUCCGUUUAGUAGUUUUCGUUGAAAUACGAGCCUAUAGUUGCAACCGCUGUGUGGCGCUGUCGUCGUGCACGGUCCUAAUCUGGGGAACGAAAAUGUGAAAGCGCUACCUUACACGUCAAAUUUCUAUGAAAAUAUUACUGUUAUAUCUAGUGAUGCCGCCACACUUUGUCGUUGCUGAUCUAGCUUAGACUGACUCUUAGAUGUAAUAUAAGAUUAGAUAUAAAGUUGUCGCAAAUAAGACAAUAUUACCGUUUGGAACGGUAACGGGGAUUUUACAUACGGUUUGCUGAGGGCCUACCGCGAACACCGAAGUUCGCAAAUUGCGGGCAUCUUUCUCUGUUUCUCCAAUUAAGGCGUAAUUAGAGUGACAGAGAAAAAUGCCCAGUUUUCGCGGUAGGCCCCCAGUUUUGACUUGCCAUUCGCUUGACUUGUUUGGUAUGAUACCAUCGCGGUAUGAAAAGGAGGUAUAUUUUUUAUUCAUCAUGAAAUUCGGUACAAUGAAGGUCAAAGAUAUUAAUCCUAACAAGGACACAAAUAUUUAAAAAAAUACAUUUAUAAAAUUUUGUCCGUUUGGCAACAGAAAUAUAGCUACGGUAAAUUACUCGAUGAUUGGCUUUUUGAAAUACCAACCAACAUUGUGAAGUCAUAAUUGCCUCAAAAUGAGGUUGGGACAUUGGUUGGGGACAUUUGUAAUAGUCAAAGAGCUAUUGAAAGUAGAAGAGAUGGAAAGUCAGCUGAAAUCUGAAAUAAAUGACGGUGUAGUUGGUGUACUGCGCUAUAGAAAUGUUUUGGGGUCACUGGAUUGUCAAACGUUAAAUUUUAAUAACUAAGUUACCGUCAAAGAUAUAUGUAACUCUGUAUCCGUAUAGCCUCGGAAAUCAGUAAAAAAUUAUACUCGAAUAGAUGGCGCCAUACCUCUGGCCUCUACUCGUGUAGAUGGCGGUGGCUACACCGUUUGAUACUUUAAAAAAAUCUUGUUUUUACAACAUUAUUAUUACAUUAAAGAAAAUACGGGUAUUAAUUACAUCUUUUAAUCCUGUGUCGAAAUAUGGCAGUAAAUUUACUGUGACAACAAAAUUUACUAUGACAACAACUUUCUAUACACUAUUAUCUUUGGUUACCGUAUAAUGUAUAGGUACAGGAGCGUACAGCGCCAUCUACACCAGCUGUCGAAUUUGUAUCAUGAAAUUUUCUUUGAUUUUACGUAUUACAUUUACCUCAACUUUGUUUUCAUUAUGAAAAUUUUUUAC